AUGAUCUCGGGACUGUAUGUCAGGAUGUUGUACAUACUAGUUCUGUGCCCGGCGUUGCUUGCGUCGUCUGUUCUAACACUGUCCAUUGAUUCGCAGCUUGGAACGUCUAUCGAAGAUUGCUUCGAAAGGAUAUCUAUAGGAGAUCAGUUGCCACACGACUCCAUCUAUCGGAAUGUUUCAGAACUCAUGAUUAAGGAGUGUGAACAGAUAUGUAAGCAGGACAAGCAGUGUCAAGCUUUUGACUACGGUGUUGGGGCUAAAGGUAACGCUACAUGCGACCUCAGCAAUAUAAACGAAAAAGAAAUUAAAGAGAAGAAUCUUUUACAAAGGAAUUCAGAUUAUGAUGUUUAUAUUCGAAGGAUUCUGUGCGACCCGGCGCCACCGACGCCUAUCGAGGAACAUCUGAAUGAGAAUGAUAAGCCACCCUUACAUCGACCAGUGAUCAGGCCUCAGGAAGACGACAGAAAACCUUUUGAUAAUCCUUUUGAAUCGAGUAGACCGUUACCCUCAUACUCGAACAGACCUAACGCCAAUUACAACCAAAUAAAUGACAGACCCGAUGGAUACAGCCCCGAAAAACCAGAUUAUGAUAGGCCACCGAGCUACGGUGGCCAUAAACCACCAGAACUUCCAUAUAGGCCUAGCAGACCUAAUAAUUCAAGGCCUGACGCAUACGACGAGUUAUACUUUCAAGAUAAUAGACGACCCCGUCCAGACUAUUGGAGACCAGAUCCUUACCAUCCCGUUCAACCUGAUGAUGACAUCGAGGACAUGUAUAGACCAAAACCGUCCAGACCACAGAGACCACAGUACACUACAGAGAAACCUCACUAUCAAUAUAUUAUCAGACCAAGUAAAAAUCCUCAUACCCCCAUCGGUCAUGGAUAUCGACCAGAUCCAGAUUACCCAACACGGCCAGGGCCUUAUGGACCCAUUCCAGAACCUUCCCGGCCUAUCGGACCCCCAAAUGAAUAUCGGCCCACACGUCCUUACGAUAAACCGGUACAUACUUAUACUGACCAAUAUGCCAGUAAUUACGGUAAUCAGGAUAAUUCCGUUUUCGUCGAGAUCUAUGAUCCACCAAGACCCAGCAGGCCUCAUGUAAAUGAGAGACCAUAUUACGGCACCAAUUAUGGCACGUCCAGUCAAAGUUACGGACAGAAUAGUUACUCAAGUCAGCAUUCAUAUUCUCAGAAUCAGGCUCAUUAUGGAACAAGUGCGUGGAAUGAAAAUUACCAUUACGGUCAGCGACCAGCAAAACCUAGUUCACAAGAUUACGGUUACAAACCUGAAAAACCUGAUCCCAGUGGAUAUAAUGAACCUAAUGAAGAUACUGGCUACGGGUCCAGACCGACAAAAAAGCCUACACCAACAGAAAAUAAUAAUCAAUAUGGUCAAUCUUUUAACCAAAACUAUGGAGAAGCACAGUCAAAUAACGCAUAUUCCAACCAAGGAUCUUCCAGUAAUCAAGGAUAUGGGUCUUCCAGUAAUCAAGGAUAUGGGUCUUCCAGUAAUCAGGGAUAUGGGUCUUCCAGUAAUCAAGGAUAUGGUUCUUCCAGUAAUCAGGGAUAUGGGUCUUCUAGUAAUCAAGGAUAUGGGUCUUCCAGUAAUCAGGGAUAUGGGUCUUCCAGUAAUCAGGGAUAUGGGUCUUCCAGUAAUCAAGGAUAUGGUUCUUCCAGUAAUCAGGGAUAUGGGUCUUCCAGUAAUCAAGGAUAUGGGUCUUCCAGUAAUCAGGGAUAUGGGUCUUCCAGUAAUCAGGGAUAUGGGUCUUCCAGUAAUCAAGGAUAUGGGUCUUCCAGUAAUCAGGGAUAUGGGUCUUCCAGUAAUCAGGGAUAUGGAUCUUCUACUAAUCAAGAUAAUUAUAACCAGGUAUCCAAUGGUUAUGAGAAUCGUCCAACAAAAGACCGACCACAAAGCGGCCUUCAAAAUGGUUUUGUAUACCAAAUAUCUGCUGGACAUAACCAAGUAGAUGCUGCCCAAUCAAGUUCAUAUGGGCAGAGUUCUCAAGAACAUGCUACUAACCAAUAUGGUAAUCAAGUUGGAAGCGUGAAUCAGGUCAGUAAUAAACCACAACCAAAUGGGAACGGUUACGGAGAGCAACCUAUAACUAACAAACCAAUUUUGAAUAAUAAUUACGGACAGGGAGACCAAAAUCAUGGUGAUUACGGCCAAUCCGUAACCCAAGCCGCACAAUCCAUGCAAUAUGGAUCUAGCCAAACUUCGACUAGUCAGCAAUAUGCCAAUUCUCAAAGUGGCUAUAACAGUCAAAGUAUUGCUUCAUACGGUCAAGCGUACGGUCAGACUGGAUAUUACGGCAGCCAUUUGGGAUAUGGGAUCCAUCAUUUGUAUGGAAUCAAACCAGGAAGUUAUGGAAAUACAGAUGCGAGACCAUCAUCAGACGGGUCUAGUAAUGUUGGUUACGGUAAAAAAGAAGACAGACCGUCAAACAAACCAGCAAUUAGACCAGUAUAUGAUGAUCCCGAUGAUAAACAUAGCAGGAGACCUGGUUCUGAUCGACCGCUUCUCAAGCCUCAAGGCUCAGAGAGGGAGAGGCCAGGGUUCAUGUUGAGACCAAACGAUGAAAUCAUCACAUCCAGGCCGGUAGCCGUCUCCGAUAUUGGAAGACGGCCUGAGAACGACUUCAAUUACGAAGCUUGUUUCAGACGCGUGCUGGCUGGGAAGAGAGCUGUAAGGAGUCACGUGAGGAGGGUAGUUGACUGUGAGCGACUUGAAGACUGUAGGAGGGAGUGUGCUAAUGAGAAGAGGUUCCCUUGUGAGAGUUUUAACUACAGAUUGGACCCCAGUUUCCGAGGAAAAGGACUGUGCGAGCUAAUGACAAAACCGAUAGAAGCCUUCGACCUUCGACAGGACUUCGUUGAAGAUAAAGAUUACGAUUUCUACGAAGUAGACAGGAAUAGCUUGGAACCUUACUGCCCUGAAACACUAAGGGGACCGGGGCUCUUACAUUCUGGCUACCUAUCAUCUAGGAACCAGAAAGUGACGUCACAAAACCAGUGGAGAGACAGAAACUGGUCUGCUCAUGAUUAUAGGACAAACAAUAGGUUCUAUAAUGAGAAGAAAACUUCUAACACACGGUAUGAACAGCCUUACAUACCGUAUCAGAUUGGUAUAAGCAGAACAGACGAUGAGAAAGAUAGUUGGGGCAAGUAUGGAGGAUCCUAUGGCGUUGAUAAUUAUUACAAAGACAGAAAUGAUUACCACAAAUCUAUAAGCCAUUGGGGGCUUAGGGAAAACAGCGAGGAGUAUCACAGAGAAGAAAACUACAACAGUUUGAGGAGACAACACGAGCAGGAGUUUGAUUACAACAGUCUGAGACAUGUUGACGAACACCUGGAACACGGUGACCAACACCUGGAAUAUGGAUACGGCACCUGGAAGAAAGGCAGGUGGAACAACUCUGGAAGCUUCUGGAGAGACGACACUCCCACCAAGAUAGAAUAUGAUGAAGAUGAUAAUGUUAAAGACUGUUCGUCUCGCCGCCGCCCGGGCAUGUCCCUGGGAGUUGGUGCGGUCCGUCGCUCCCUGGCCGCUAGGACCGUCGUGGACUGUGAGACCGCCUGCUUCGGGGAGAGGAACUUCAAAUGUGUUUCAUACAGCUACAGGUAUUCAAGUCCUCCAGGGUCAGACAACUGUUUCCUGAGUGAGAGGCCCUACAAGGGUCUGGAGAUGUCCGCGGACAGCAGCUCGGACGUGUAUGCCAUGCCGCUGCAUCAUGACUGCCUUACCAUCAGCACUAAACCAUGGGUGGAAAGCGAGUGUUUCUGGCACGUUCGGUCCGGGGCCGCCCUAUCCCGGGCCUCGGUCCGCUCAUCUCUGACUGUGAGCGGGCUGGGAGCGUGUGAGGCGGAGUGUAUCAGGGCUCACGGCUUCUUCUGUAGAGGAUUCAGCUUCAGGUUCGAUCCUCCUACAAUAGGUGAUGACCUUGAGAACUGUCUGCUGACGUCAUCACCCCCCACCACCCUGGACCUGUCCCGCGGCCUCACCCCCAACAAGCACGAGCUGUACUCCCGCGGGAACUACGGCCGGGGAUGUGAGCCCGCGCUAUACGACGACGCUGAACAUGAGCCGCAGUGCUACCUGCAGUACGUUCAGUCAGCUCGACUGACGCGCGGCGCGGUCAGAGGUCGAGCUCGCACCUCAGACGAGCGAGCGUGUGGUCGAGCAUGUACUGACGCGCCGUUCAGGUGUCUCAGCUUCUCAUACACAAGCAACGCUCCUCCCGACACAGACAACUGUCUGUUGUCAGAGAUCCGUCUGUUUGACUUACACCGCGGCGUGGACUACGAGCACUCCGCUGACGACCUGCUGUUCGCGUUUGACCUGUUCAACGGACAGUGUUGGAGGAAGAUACACGGGAAACAUGACUAUGAAGUUCCAACACUCGAAGUGCCACAUCCAAUACAGACAGAAGAAAAUUAUCCCUUAUCCGGACCAGACGCGCCGCCUUCAGAAACUUAUAUAAGCUCAGGUCCGAGCGGUCCACCAGCUCACAAACCGUACAUAAUAGAAACCGACUUUAAACCCGGUUCUAAACCAUACCUCGAAAGCGGAGAGAGCGAUAGACCCUUCGAAUAUCCGGAACCAGGGUAUAAACCGUAUAAUAAACCAUACCGACCAGAUUAUGAACCGGACAAACAUGAUGGUUACAGACCUAGACCGAGUGGACCGGACUUGAAACCACCUUAUGCUCCAAAUCCAUCUUAUGAUGGUCCAUCUAUUAGUCACUCUAGUGGGACCUUAAUAAGUCAGUCAGGUGGUGCGUCGUACGGCUCUUCAAGUAACUUCGCUGGCAGCUCAUCUUAUGGUGGCCAUGAAUCCCAUGUCGGUUCAGAUCACAGUUCUUCCGCAUACGGCGGUUCCGCCAGUAACUCCAACUACGGUUCUGCAAGUAACUCAGGCUAUGGGUCGUCAAUUAAUUCAAACUAUGGUUCCUCAAGUGGUACAGGUUAUGGAUCUUCAAGUAAUUCUAAUUACGGCUCUUCAAGUGGCUCAGGAUACGGUUCCUCAAGUAACUCCCACUAUGGUUCCGCAAGUGGAUCAGGGUAUAGCUCAUUAAGUAACUCCAAUUACGGCGCCUCAACGGGCACAGGUUACGGUUCAUCAAGUUAUUCAAAUUAUGGUUCUUCGAGCGGUUCAGGUUACGAUUCAUCAAGCAACUCCCACUAUGGUUCUGUGAGCGGCUCAGGCUAUGGGUCAUCGAGUAAUUUGAACCACGGUUCCUCGAGUGGGGCGAGUUACGGUUCAGUGAGUGGUUCCAGCCAUCACUCAGGUGGUUCAAGCUAUGGAACCUCAAGUGGUUCAGCGUAUGGAUCAACCGCUGGUUCAGCGUAUGGAUCAUCGGGAGGUUUCGCAGGAGCUCGUCCUAAUCCUGUUCCAAGUGGUCAUCGUCCUCCCAGACCAGUCAGACCGGGAGACAGAGUCGAUGACAACUUGUCAUUGUCGUGGCGUCAUUAUACUGUGUCCGGGUUCCCGUGUCGGCGCGGCACCUCGUGUGAGAGGAACCUGGUCGCGGGUCACUGGGCCUGUGAACCGGAGGGGGGAGAAAUAGGUUCUUGGGACUACUGCUGCGCGCCAUCACAUAGAUGUGGAUACAGCGAAGGAUUCAAGAAACCUUGGUGUUAUGUUGGUCCGGCGUCCGACCAAUGGCGUCCAUGUAGUGAGAAGUACUAUCCCUACCACCAACACAAUGUCCCUCAUCCCUCACAGGGACAGAGAGAUACAGAUCGCCCGCAAAUAAAUAUACCUCCAAGACAAAAGUACCCAGAGAGAGAUAGACUUUCAUCUGGCUAUCUCUCCUCCGCUGACAGACGGUACUGGGAUGAUCUAUACGAAAAUGGACCUCAAGCUUAUUAUGAUAAAUAUGGAAAUCCUUUACCAGGCUUCUCGAAAGUACCAACAGAGAGUCGACCGCACAUAAAAUACGAGCGUAACCCGCCACGUCGCGGUUCAGGGCAGUGGGUGCCUGUCAACACUAUACCUGAUGAUGAAGUGCCUCCACCAGGUCUUGGUGUACCAAGAUAUUGGCCAGUGGCAUAUUUACACAAAGGACCUCCACCAAAUAUGACGUACUUCAAAUACAACGAAACAGAGAGAACGACUCGCUCGCCUCAAGAACAACAGACGACCACCAACAGAGCGAACAUUAAUCAAAUAGAGGCGAGAUCUGGAGAAAAUCCGAGAACUGAGAAGAGAAUUAAUAUAACAAACGACGACUCAGACUACCUCGACGUAACAACAACAAAAACUGUUGUAAACGAAACGAAAGAAAACACAACAGAAAGAGAAAUAAAAAACGAAACAGACGUAGAAGAAUACAGAAUGAACUCGAAAAUAAACGAAGAUUACAUAAAAGGAAUCGACGGGAAGUUACAUGACUUUACUACGUCCUUAGAGGUGUUUGACAUAGAUGAUGUUAAGAAUGAAAAACUAACGGGUUUAAGAGCGGCCGAGGCUGAGGAGAAACAGAUAGAAGCUAUCGGAAGACUCCUGGCGGCGAGACGAGCGAAGAUUAUAGACAGAACGUCACAGAAGAAUCUAGAAGAUAAAAAUAUUGCUUUAGAUAAAGACUUCAUGGAUUUCAACUUCGGUAAUAAAUUUCCCAUCGAAAGACGCGGAGUGGUGCAGAGAGUGACCAAAGACGAGAUUGAGAAUAGAGAUAAGAGUUUGGAAGUUAGUGAAACCAGUUUUAUUAGACCUCCGAGGGUUUUGAGUACGACGGAGAAUAUAAGGAAAGCGGUAGUCAAUGGGAAGGUUUAUUAUGACGCAUCUCUCCGCAGUCAGAGAGAUCUUCAUACAAAUAGCACCAGAAGAUCAAAGAAUUUACGAGAGAUAAGAACUCUUCCUACCAAGAAGAGAACAAGAACUACGAACCUGGUGAGACGAGCGAAGAGAGUGUACAGAAAGAGAUACAACCCGGAGGAAGUGAGACGGAGACUGUUAGAGAGAGAGAGAAAUAAGAAUAUGAAGGACGAGUGA